UAUAUAUUUUUUGCUGUAGAGAGCGUAGCCAUUGAAUUUUUAAGACGAAAUGAAAAUAUUAUUCAUUGCGCGAUUAACACUAAAAAAAGUGUCGUUCUCGUAUUAUUAAUUAUUUUCAAGUAGUACCGUUUCGUGUGCAAUAUCGUUUGAAGAAAAAAAACCACUAAAUGUAGCUAGAACAAAAGCAUGAAAAACAGCUUUUAAAUAGUGAUAAAAAUAUCGGAUUUGUCAGCACAUAGCCUGCUGGUAGCAAGUAGAAAAAGAAACAAUUCUUUAAAGGAUAAUAGCUGUUUUUCGUGAACAAAACACAGCACAAGAAGCGUGUUACCGUGUUUUAGUGUUACCGAGAAAAGAUUGGUCUUAUCCAACUUGCACGCGAUCAAACGCGAAGCAAUAGAAAGCAAUAAACACAUUUCUACUAAUAGGCACGACUAUACCAAUGCAGAUGGAAGAAGGAAUCCAUCAGCUCAGCAUUACAGUUGAACACGCAUCCUUACGCAGCAAUGGUUUCCUGAAGCCGAACCCAUACGUGGAAAUUGCCAUCGACAACAAAAGCACUCGCAAAACUGAUUUUCUCAAAAACACCAAUGCGCCAAAAUGGAACGAACGCUUCACAGUAAUCGUUUCGGCCAGUUCGGUGUUACACUUUAGGGUGCUAGAUCACUCCAGUUUCCGGAAGGAUUCGCUCUUGGGUCAGCAAACCGUCCUACUCGGUAACAUUCUCGAGCAUUAUAAUGGAACGCUGGAGAACCUGGAACUGAGCAUGGAUCUACUGACGGACGGUUCCACAUCAUCGAAAGCGAACGAGCCCCGCCAACCGAUUAAAACCGGCGAACUGGUGGCGGUGUUGAAUGGGUUGAAAAUAGAUAUGCGUACUGUGGCACAUAGAGCAGGUGUUAGUACAGGUAGUACCCACGGUAAUGACGUCACCGGUGCUUCAGUUUACGUCAAUGGAAAUGGGCUCUCGUCGUCGAUGGACCUUGCCGGUAGUAGCCGCAGCAGUAUUCUUAAUGGAGGUAUUCGAGCACGUAUGCGAUUACGUGGCUCAAGUUCGACACCAUCGCAAUCCUCCCAGUUGCAAUCUCCUGCACCGGGCCCAGUCGGUGGUCAACAACAGCAACACACUCAUCACUCUCCAUCAGUGACGGGAAAUCACAUCACAGGUGGAGCAACAUCAGCAGCAACAGGUGCGAUGGGUAAUGGUGUAGCAAUGCCAAUGGCGACAGGAACUUCUCCGAUGGGUUCCACCGCGUCCACUGGAGCCGUACGCCGAAGUAGUGGUAUUAACUGGGAACAACAACAACAGCAAUCGCAACCGCAACCGUCGAACGCUCUACACCCUCACUCGGGAGGGCAUCAACGACUUGCUCCGGUGUAUUCAAAUUCGUCGCAAGAUUCGCUUCUGAAUGGCGUCAACAGUGCUAGUAACGGUCAAGUGCAAACCAGUUUGUCUGGUGCCAUGAUUCCUAUGAACGGAGGAGCAGUAGCUCCCCAAGCAUCUGCCGGUGGAGUGGCAGCAGGUGCAAUGGUACCCAUCGGGGGAAGCCUAACCGAUCAACAAAUGAUGCUACAGGCUGCCGCACAACAACAUCAAGUCGACGACGAACCAUUACCGGCCGGAUGGGAAAUGCGUGUGGAUAAAUAUGGUCGUCGGUAUUAUGUGGACCACAAUACCCGGUCGACGUAUUGGGAAAAACCACAACCGCUGCCCGCUGGGUGGGAAAUGAGACGAGAUGCCCGAGGGCGUGUGUAUUAUGUUGAUCACAACACUCGAACAACGACCUGGCAACGACCAAACAGCGAAAGGCUCAUGCACUUCCAGCAUUGGCAGGGCCAGCGGCAGCACAUCAUUUCGCAGGGUAAUCAACGGUUUCUUUAUCCCCAGCAUGCUCAGCAGUCCAACACGACCUCCGUUUCACACGAAGAAGAUGACGGUCUAGGGCCGCUGCCCGAUGGAUGGGAAAAACGAGUUCAACCAGAUAACAGGGUUUACUUCGUUAAUCACAAAAAUCGCACCACACAGUGGGAAGACCCCCGCACCCAAGGCCAGGAAGUUAAUAUGCUUGCUGAGGGUCCGCUCCCACCGGGAUGGGAAAUUCGCUACACGGCCACGGGCGAACGAUUCUUUGUAGAUCACAACAAUCGCAAAACGACUUUCGAGGACCCUCGACCGGGUGCUCCCAAAGGUGGCAAAGGAGUUUAUGGAGUUCCCCGGGCCUACGAGCGUUCUUUCCGCUGGAAGCUUAGUCAAUUUCGGUAUCUUUGUCAAAGCAAUGCCCUUGCCUCCCAUAUCAAAAUUACGCUCACUCGACAAACAUUGUUCGAAGAUUCCUACCAUCAGAUCAUGCGAUUGCCGGCUUACGAGUUGCGACGAAGGCUCUACAUUAUCUUCCGAGGAGAGGAAGGUCUCGAUUAUGGUGGUGUUUCGCGGGAAUGGUUUUUCCUGCUUUCCCACGAGGUUCUGAAUCCGAUGUACUGCUUGUUUGAGUAUGCCAACAAAAACAACUACAGCUUACAGAUCAAUCCGGCCAGUUACGUUAAUCCCGAUCACCUGCAGUAUUUCAAAUUCAUCGGGCGAUUCAUUGCAAUGGCCCUCUAUCACGGGCGGUUUAUUUAUUCCGGUUUCACGAUGCCGUUCUAUAAGCGAAUGUUAAAUAAAAAGCUAACCACCAAAGAUAUUGAAUCGAUCGAUCCGGAAUUUUACAAUUCAUUGAUUUGGGUGCGUGAUAAUAACAUUGAUGAAUGCGGCCUCGAGCUAUGGUUUAGUGUGGACUUCGAAGUGCUAGGUCAGAUCAUACAUCAUGAGCUGAAGGAGGAAGGUGACAAGGAGCGAGUUACGGAAGAUAACAAAGAGGAGUACAUCUCCUUGAUGACCGAAUGGCGGAUGACCAGGGGUAUUGAAGAGCAGACCAAAACUUUCCUGGAAGGUUUUAACGAGGUUGUGCCUUUGGAGUGGCUAAAGUACUUCGAUGAGCGUGAACUGGAGUUGAUGUUGUGCGGUAUGCAGGAGAUCGACGUUGACGAUUGGCAACGAAAUACUAUUUACCGUCAUUACAAUCGCAAUAGCAAACAGGUGGUGUGGUUUUGGCAGUUCGUUCGAGAGACCGACAACGAGAAACGAGCCCGAUUGCUGCAGUUUGUGACGGGAACUUGCCGUGUACCUGUCGGUGGAUUCGCUGAGUUGAUGGGGUCCAAUGGUCCCCAGAGAUUUUGCAUUGAAAAGGUCGGGAAGGAUACGUGGUUACCUCGAUCCCACACGUGUUUCAAUCGGUUGGAUUUACCACCGUACAAAAGCUACGACCAGUUAGUUGAGAAGCUGAACUACGCAAUCGAGGAGACUGAAGGUUUUGGCCAGGAAUAAAUUAAAGAAAACGUGAGAAUAUCAAUAACAAAUGACCUGCAUGUGAUCCAACCGAUAGCGAUAUCGAUAAUAUUCGUUUUUUGUAAUAAAUCAGUUCGGCGAAUUCAUAGUGAUGAUAAACAUCGGCAAUUUGAAUUGAUUAGUAAAGUUGUAUAUCUAGGAUUAAGGGAAAAAUGUUCUAUUUUGGUUUAUUUUUGUGUAAAUUGUGACAGUAUCCAAUUUUUAUGAUGUAUAUUUAAACCAAAAAUUGGUCAACCGAUAUGCUCUAUUUUUAAUGAAAAAGCCACAAAUGCUAAUCGAUAUAUUAGAAGUGAGAAAAGUGUACAUAAUCUAGCUGUUAAACUAAAGAGAUACUUUAGUUUUCCUUGUUCCAAAAAUCGUGAUACAUCAAAGUAGAGGUAAUAAACGUUACUGUAUUAUACAAACCUUUGUAUAUAAGAAUUCCUAGGCCUAGACAAAUGGACAAAACAACUAGAAACAAUGAACUCAUUACUGAAAAACUACACUACACUUACAAUAAAAUUGUUGUCUAUGCUAACUGAAUUGUGUAGUACUAGAAGGCAUAUAACCAGCAGCGCACCGUUUUGUACCAAUAGACUCACGAAUCGAACAAUAGAUUUCAAGCAAUGGAAUUAUUCAUUUUUUGCAACCUUCAUUAUUCCGCAUUGAGUAACAUUUCAAAAUUCAGUUAUCGGAAAAUACAAAAUAAACAAACCGUUGGGGCCAUGGUAGAGAAUAUUAGCUGUUGUAUAUAGAAGAAGAAAACAAACAAUGUUUUUUUCGAUCUGAAUGAAGAUAUAAAGCAAAACUUGAGUUGGAAAAAAAUCACAAAAAGCAAAUGCCGUGAAUAUGUUUUUGUAGCGUGAACGAAGCGAAGUGAACUUUCUAGAGUGAUGAAACAGGGAAGUAUAAAUUGUUUUACCUUAUUCUUUCUGAACUUCAAUUUCUACUUUUGUGUUUGUUAUUUAUUUUGUAAAUUGUAUUUUUCCAGACUUUAUGUAAAAAGUGAUACAAGUUGGGUUUAAUAAGAAGAUUCCAGAAAUUAUGUUUUUGCAAAUAAAGAUAUCAGCUAGAUGAAUAUAAAUUGA